AUUAUUAUAGACACUUCCGGUUGUGCCGAACGCAGACAUCUGAGGCCUGCGGGAGACUCGUGCCGGGUCCAGCUUUGCGCUGAAACACUCUGGCGCCAGAAUGGACCGAAGGAAAAAGCCUUUGGAUGUUACGGCCUCCUCGUUGGUAGACCUUAAGGCUGAACUCUUCCGAAAACAAGAAGAAUUCAAACAAGAAAAACUUCUAAAAGAUUCUGGAGUUUUGGGAAAACCAAAAACAACUAAUAAGAAACCAAGUAUCUGGAGCAAACAGAAUGCAGGAGUUUCAAAUCGAGCUGAGAAGGAUGCAGAACAGAAGAUCGAGGAACAGAAGACUUUAGACAAAGCAAGGGAGAAAUUGGAAGAAAAAGCCAAAUUAUAUGAAAAAAUGACUAAAGGAGACUUUAUAGAUGAAGAAGUGGAGGAUAUGUACCUUGUGGAUUUCACGCAGAAGAUCAUAGACAAACACAAAGAAAUGGAGAUGUUUGGUGCCAAUAGAGAUUCUAGAAAGGCAGCAGAAAGAGAUGAUGAUGAAGAAAAUCUUUCUGAAAAAGAUAUACCUCCUCCCCAGGACCCCAGUGAAGAGUGGGUGGAUUAUGUGGAUUCUUUAGGGCGUUCUCGGCGCUGUAUGAAAAAGGAUUUGCCAGAUUUGCUGGAGAUGGAUAAAAAUCUUCAAGGGAGGCUCUUCGUUAGUCCCGCUAAUGAGAAAACUUUAUUAUCUGAAGAUAUGAGAAAAGAACUGCAGCGCCAGCAAUGGGAAGAAGAAGAAAGAGAGGCCUUGAAAAGGCCAAUGGGGCCCAUACAUUAUGAAGACAUUCGUGAAAAUGAGGCCCGGCAACUUGGUGUUGGAUAUUUUGCUUUUGCUCGAGAUAAAGAGUUGAGAAACAAGCAGAUGAAAACGUUAGAGAUGCUGCGUGAACAGACAACAGAUCAGAGAACAAAACGAGAGAACAUAAAGGAAAAACGAAAGGCUAUGUUAGAAGCAAGACUUGCUAAACUCCGACAAAAAAAGAUGAAAAAGUCAAAAGAAGAUGGAGCAGAGGAAGAAAAUAGAGAUGUCGUUGGACCUUUGCCGCCAGAACCAGAGGCUGUGCCAACUCCAUGUACUGCUUCCCAGAGUAGCAAAGUAGAAGUCAUUGUCCAGGAGAGGAGGGAUACGAGGCCUGGAGUGCCCCAUGUCCGAGAGUGGGACAGAGGAAAAGAAUUUUCCUUUGGGUACUGGUCGAAGAGGCAGUCAGAUCUCCGGGCCGAGAGAGAUCCUGAGUUUGCUCCACCAUCAGAUUACUUUGUGGGUCAAAAGAGAACUGGGUCCUUCGGUAGCCAGACGUGGAACAGACCUGCACCUGCUCAGAGUGACCCAGGACAGUGCUCUGGGCAGAGCCGUGACCCCAGCUCUUCACAUACAUCACCCACUCCUGCCCCCAGCAGCCCACCACAAGCCCCCACAGUCACUUUCGAAACUCUGGACGAUAUGAUAUCAUAUUAUAAGCAAGUGACAUGAACUUCAAAACCGUUCUCACUUGGGUCUAUACUGUGAUGGUGCCUUCUUCUCCCAAACUGGGGAAAAUACAACUUUAGAGACUGAAUCGUAUCUUUCUCCUCCUGUCCUUUCCCUAGAAGAUACAGACUUCAGGUUGGAUUUGUCAGCAAGGAAGAAAGUGAACGGUACUGUGGGAAUUCUGUGGCCGCUUGGCUGUUCAUUUCUUUCUGAUUGAUAUGGAGACCUGACCGUUUGGAUUUAUGUGUAAGCUGUCGUAAUAUGACCCUGAGGAGCUUGUAAUCCUGUUUCUUGCCCACUCCCUUGGCUUAUUUGAUUUAAGGAUUCCAUUCCUUUCCUUUUGCAGAUACUAGCAUGUGGCUCUCUUUGUUCCAGGGAUUCCGCUUCCAUAUCAGUUGAUGGAGCGUCUGUCAGGAGGCAUGUUUGCCUGUCAAAGUGGCAAAUGAGGGAACACUGUGUGGGGCAAAGCAGUCUAGUCUCCAAGAGGACCCUGAAGCCGGUGGACUAUUAAGCAGUAACAUUUGAAAUGAUAAGGAAGACGAGGGAGGAGAACCUCAUAAUCCAGAAAGGUAGAAGGUGCAGUCACUUUUAUUGUCAUCCCAUCCUCAGUGAUGAUUGUCACCACACUUGCCUGGUGGGCAUUCAUUAAGGCUGUGCGGAGUGCCUGGGGCCCAUGCGGAGGCUGUUGGGCUGAGUCAGACAGUGAGAUGCUCCUUAGCUUAAGGGUUAGUUUUUCAGCUGGGCCUCUCUGUGCUUGUGCCCGCUGCAGGCCCUCAUCACUCUCAGGAGCCACAUCACCUCAGAAGUCUAAUUGAAAUAGACCUGGGCUGGAGUGAGAGGCAGGGAGGUCCCUUCAUCUGUACUAACAGUGAGUUAGUGAGCAGAGCUCUGGAAGCAUUUCCUGUGCCUGAAUACAUCCUGUCCUCUGCCUGCUGUACCUCAGUGUCUUCACAGCUCUAGACAAGCGGUGGGAGUUGGCCAUAGGCCCACAGGGCUCCUGUGGCAGCCUCCCAGGUCAGCGAAUCCUGUAAGAACAAGCUAGAGCAGAUCUUCCAAGUGCCAGAAGGAGCCUUCACUCCUGCAGGCUCUGAUCCACGUCAUCUCAGUGGUAUUGAUGGGAGUUCUCAUUAAGGAUUGCAAACUGGAGCCCAGAAAGGGUCAACGACUUGUUCGAGGUCACGUGGCAUCCAAAUGGCAGUUCUGGAACUUAAAUGUAGCUUGUUCAGGCUCACGUUUGCUCCAAAUUUGAUUUCUCCAGUGCCCUCUGCUCUCAGUUUUGUCACUCUGAUAUCAAGUAGUACUAGAUGAAAGUCCCAAAUUCUUGAAAACUUAACUUCUGAACUUCAUGUCAAGGGCAAAGUUGCCUGUCCUAAGGGUCAUUCUGUCAAUCUGAUCUGGCAAAUACCUCUUUUUAAAAAUACACAUUAAAAUCAACUGACCCAGCCACCGUUUUUGCAGAAAUUGAUAAGCUGAUCCUAAAUUCAUAUGGAAUUGAAGAGACCCAGAAUACCCAAAACAAUCUUGAACAAAGUUGGAGGACUCAUUCCUAUUUCAAGACUUAUUACAAAGCUACAGGAAUCAAAGCAGUGUUGUACUGCCUGGAUAAGCACCUAGAUCCACUAGCAUUGAGAGCCCAAAAAGAAAGCUGUAUUUCUGCGGUCAGUUGAUAUUUGACAGUGGUGCCAAGGCCAUCCAAUGGGGAAAGAAUAGCAGAUGAUUUUGGGACAGCUGACCGUCCACAUGCAAAAGAAUGAAUUCAGACCUGUAACUUGGCCAUAAAUAAAACCAACCCAAUGUCAAAAUUGAUUGAAGACCUAAACAUAGGAACUAAAACUACAAAACCAACUGAAACAGCUUGUAGGACAAAGGGAGAGGAGACAGAAAAAGAAAAAUUGGAACAGUAGAAAAAAUGGAAUUAUUAGUUAUACUGGAAUCGUGGAAAAAUGGGAAGGAAGAAAAAUGAGAAAGAUGGAAAGAGGUUAUGGCUAUAAGGCAGAGCAGGAGGACUUGUCAGGGUGUUUGUGGAAGAGGGAUGGGAAGGCUGGUCAGGCAGCAGUAAGCCCUGUGGGAGCCGGUGGUCGUGAGAGGGAUCCCCAAAUAACAUUUUAUUGCCCAGGAUGGCCCAACCUAGAGUGGACGGCGAAGCAGUCUGCACGUUGGCUCAGUGGUCACUGUUGACUAGUAACUGUAAGUCCGAUUUUAUAGGAUUUCAAAACUAUAUAAAUAUUUCUUAUCCUUUCUUAGCAUACAGGUAGUUCAGUGUUUCGGGAGCCCAGUUGUUACAUCCUCUUGCUUUUCAGACCCAGAGUUCAAGUGUUGACACCAUUUCGGUUUUAGGAUUUCUCACUGGCCUGUUUUGUACGUGUAUAUCCAGCAGAUGGCGCCAGCAUUCUCAAGACUUCAGAUUCACUCUGAAACAGCACCGCCCAAUAGAAAGAUGAUGUAAGGGGCGCCUGGGUGGCACAGCGGUUAAGCGUCUGCCUUUGGCUCAGGGCGUGAUCCCGGCGUUAUGGGGUCGAGCCCCACAUCAGGCUCCUCUGCUGUGAGCCUGCUUCUUCCUCUCUCACUCCCCCUGCUUGUGUUCCCUCUCUCGCAUCUGUCUCUCUCUCUGUCAAAUAAGUAAAUAAAAUCUUUAAAAAAAAAAAAAGGAAGAUGAUGUAAACCCUCUGUUUUCAGUUGUCUGGGAACCACAUUAAAAAAGUGAAAUUAA